AGUAAGUUUUGUUGUGAACUUAAAUAUUUUAGAAACUUUUAUUAUGAUGAAGAAGUGGUUAUCUACAUCUGGUGUUUCCAAAAUAGAUGCUGCAAAAUCUGCAGAUCCUCCCAUUAUUACUGCUUCUGUUCGUCCUACAUCAGAACAUAGUAGCUGUUCAGACUCUCGUAUAGCAGGCCCUAGAAGCCAGCCAGAUUCCCCUAUACAAAACUCCAGCAGUCAGCCAGAUUCUCCUGUACCAGGCCCUAGUGGGAGGCGGCAUUCCAGUAUUACAGACUCGGAUUCUAGUAGUGAUGAAUCCACUGGCACAAAAGCUGUUUUAAAAAGGCGAAAAGUAACUACAACCAGUUAUAAACAAAAAUUUCGGGAUAAAUGGUGUGAAGAUAAAAGAUAUGCAAAUUGGUGCAAAUCAUCAUCGGAUGGAAGUUCAGCAUUCUGUACUGUUUGUGACAAAAAAAUAAUUGGAGGAAUUACUCAUAUAAAAAGGCACAGUAUAACGUUACUACAUAAAAAAAAUAAAGAAAGCAGAAAAAACACCAAAAAUUCAAGAGCUGCUGUCGAUCAAUCCUAACAAAGAAUUACAUUCCAUUAAAGUGAAAGCAGCAGAGUUAAGAUGUGUUAUGUUUCU